AUGCCACUGUUUUCCCGUCAGUUUCCGGUCCAAACAAUUUCCACAGCGGAGAAAAAAAAUCGUAGAGAAGUAGAAACACCUCGACGUACUCAACCCUCUCCAAAUUAUUUUAAUCGGAGGUUGUCACCCAUCGAGGCGUCCGGGUGAGUGCUAAAUGGAUCAGGAAACCAGGAGGAAGGGGCCCCGGAGCCCCAGUGCUGACUCUGAUGACUCUUCACACCGAAGGAGAUCGAGGAAGUACGACAGGGACAGAUCGCCGUCCCCCAGGAGGAUGAGGUACAGAAGGUCCAGGUCGAGGGAGAGGAGGUCUGGCUCCAGGGAGAGGAGGCGAAAGGAGUCCAGGUCUCAGGAUUGGAACAAAUCCAAUCCUCAGGCGACUGCUCAACCCACUACGACAGCCAGUGGUAAUAGUGCCUAUGUUCCACCGGUUCAUAAUCAGUAUCAGGCACCGCCGCCCCCAAAUCCAGCGCAGCCCCCGCCGCAGCCGAUUCCACCUUACAACCAAGCCUAUGGAAAUUAUAACUACACCUAUAACCAGGGAUAUGACUACGCCUAUCAGCAGGCAGCUGGCUACCGUAGUGAUUAUCCGCCCCCUAAUUGGCAGGGGGGACAGGUGGGUUACAAUAAUCAGCCAGCGCCUUCUUCGUCGCUCCCACCACCCAGCGAAACUUCAAGAACUGUCGAGCCAGCACCUCCAGGACUUGCUGCACCUGUACCAAGACCUGAGGAUGUCAAGAAAGAAGCUAUUCAAGCUGAAGUUAAGCAGCAGAGAGCGACGUUGGUGAAGCAGCGUGACGGUUAUGUGAAGAAAUCGACGACUCUCCAAAGGGAAUUGGAAAUUCUGCGUCAGCAGUGCGAUGAGAUUGGAAAAGAGAGUGGACGUGAGAAUAACAGGAUUGUGAAGGAGAAUCAAAAGCUGCAGGUGGAGAUUCAGAAUAAAAUGAGAUCGAUUCACAACGUGAUCGACAUGUUGACUGGGAUAAUCGGGGAUGAGGCGACUGUUGACGAUCUCAAAACGAAAUUCAAGGUUGAGGCACCGAAAAAACUGUCUCGCAGUCCCAAAGAGGAUUUCCCAAAGGCCAAUCCACCGGAUACACCUGAGAAAUCAUCGGCUUCGGAGAAUGAGAAAGAAAUCAAGAAUGAUAGGGACAGAAAAAUGACGAGGAAUGUCGAGGAGGAUUCUAAACCCAUGUAUAAUUUUGUUCACUAUGAUCCUGAAAUGCAUUGGUGCAAGAUCUGCGAUAUUUUUCCAAAGACAGCCAAGGAGUAUUUGAAUCAUCUCCAUUCGGCUGAACACAAGGAAACCUGUUUGGAGCGUAAGAUCGUCGAUAUGCCAUGGCAUGAGAAGAAUGGAGAGGGAACUGAAAGGGAAGUGCCGUAUUACCCUGGCCUGCCUACUAAAAGGACACCAAUCAAAGGACUGCAAUUCUUCAGUGCUGCAACAGCCUGGUAUUGCAAACUCUGUGACUCGUGGAUCGGCGAUCUUCACUGCGCCAGUCUUCACUUGAAGUCGAAACGACAUUCGGAGAAUUAUUCGCGAUUCGUCGAGCAAAGUCCUCACUGGGAGACAGACUGGAUGGCGGACCGUGAGAAGGCCUUUUCGGACGAGCGCCAGAAGCAGAUGCAGCUCGAGCUCCAAAAGCAAAAGGAGGACGAGCCCCCGCCGCUGCCGCCGCCGAAGCCCAAGAAAUCGAAAAAGUCCAAGAAGAAUAAAAAAAAAUCCCGAAAGCGAAAAAACAAAAGUAGCAACAGCGAAAGUUCAAGUGACUCCGAGAACACAGAAAGCGACUCUGACCAAGACAUGUCCAAGAGCAUUCGCGUGGCAAUGCGAAACAAGAUGAAGGCAUCGACCCAGGCAAUUCUCAACGAGGAGAUAGACUACCACGGGAUCAAGCUGAAGGGCCACUGGAGUCACGUUCCCCAGAGUAAAUCGGACAGUCACUCCCAGGAGAACGACGACCGCCAGCUCCUGAACUCAAUCCGCGAAAAACUGAAAGCAAAGCAAGAGGAGGAGAUGAAGCAGAAGAACGAACGACGCACGAUCCAAGAGCAGCCGACGCCGGAAGUCGAGCCCGAGAAGACCUACCCCACGAAGCCAGAGCCUCCCCUGGAGGCUUGGGGCCCAAAAGAGCCGCCGAAGCCCUUCUGGAUAAAAAAAGACGAGGAAAAGACCCCAAAGUCCACGGACAUUCAAAAAUCCGAGGACAUGCCGAAGCCCCACAUGGGGUUUUGGACGAAACAGCAGGUGAACAUGUCUGUAAAACCCCCAGAGAAACCCGAAAAGGAAGAGGAGCGAGAGCGCGACCGUUACCGAGACGACCGUGACAGAAAAUACGACAGACGCGAUGACAAGUACCACAGCCGGUACGACAGAUACGACAGACGCCGAGACAGAGAUCGUGACUACUACGACGACAGAAGAAAGGAGAGACGAGGUGACGACAGUCCGAGACGAGAGAGAAACUGGCGAGAGAGCCCAAAACGCAACUACGACAAGUACAAAGAGAGGAGGGACGAGGAGUCCACUGAGGAGUCAAAAUUUGAGAAGAAAACCAACGAAUCGGCUAAACAAAAAAAAAGCUCGGCGCCUUUAAAAAAAACCCCAGCGCCAGCGCCAAGCAAGGGCAAGCUCCCUUUCAUUGGUAGACUACCACUCUUUAAAAAAAAGAACGAGGAGGUGAAGACGAUGGAGAGAGACAUUGCACCGUUGCCUUACGUGCAGAGUAAAUUCGAGGACACACCGCAGGUGCCUUCUGAGAUAAUAAAUCCACCUGGUGUGGUGCACAUUACAAAAUUGGCAACACCUGUUGCGCUUAAUAACAUUCCUGCGAAGAGUCAGCCCAUGAAGAUUCUGGUGGCUCCACCGCCACCGGUGUUGAAUACCUCGUCAGCGCCGAAGAAUUCAGCGUCUGUUGUGACGCAAGUCGUUGAUAUGGAGAUCGAGGAUCAGUCUGAGGAGACGAUAAUUGAGGAGAGCAUUGUGGAGAAUUCGAAGGGCAGUGGGCUAGCGCAUGUUGAGAAGGCGUUUGCAGCUGGACAGAAUGAUGUGACGACUCCUGUUGUCUUCAGCACGACACAACCACCCCCUUUCAUCCCAACGAAUCCCUCGCAUUUCGCCCAGAACGCUCCGAGAUUUUCAGUGAGACCUCCAACUGUUGCCUAUUCUCAUCCUCCACCUGUUCAGACCCCCUACGCACCCAUGGCCAUGCCCACGGUGGAGAACGUUCAUCCUGACGCUGUGGAGACACCGGAGGUCGGGAAAACCGCUGCUGAUCCCAGUCAACCACUACCUGAAGACCUGCAAGAAGCUCUCAACAUCAUUUUCCCGAAGGACAAUGCGGACGCCAAGGACGACAGUCAGGUUGAGCAUAAUGUCAUGUAUGGAUCCAUGUAUGACAGUAUGCUGGGGUGUGUUGGGUAUGGGCCGGAGUACAUGGAUCAACCACCACCCGAGAUAACUCAAGCUGAUGUCGAACCCGAUGGACAACCUGGACCCGAUGAUCUCAGAAUGCUCGGUAUUGACGAGGGUGAUACUAUUCUGUAAUUAAUACUUUGAAUGUGGGCGGGAGGGGGGUCUUGUGAAAUAGUUUUUACGUGGUCAUUGAUUUUCAAGGUGAAAUUUAUGGUUUUAUCUUGUGAGGUGUCUCUGUUCGCGAGGAAAGUUUUUAUUUGUUACAUUUUAGUGUUUACUCUGGAGGAUAACUGUAGGUAAUAAAGAGUGUCGAUGCAAGAGG